GCCAAGCUGAAACUGGGAGAUGUGGGAUCAGCUGCCGGAGCUGAUACUGACGCAGAUAUUCAGUCACCUCGGUCAUGGGGACCGUGCCAAUGUUGCACAAGUCUGUCAGCCAUGGAACCGUGCACUCUCGUCGCCAGUCCUUUGGCGUUCUGUCACAGUCUUCAUCGACCGUGAUCUGCGUGGUGAUUUUCCUUUGGCGGGAGAAUUAGCCGCAAAGUACGGACAGCAUAUGAGAAGCUUGGAACUCGCCUGGUCCCGACCAUACCUCUUGCCAAGGGAAGCGCGUAUAACUCGUAACAUUCAAGCAGAGGCAGGCGCUGAUUUCCUUACGAUUGUACGAGCCAAGAACGUUCAGUUGAAGAAACUGAUACUCACCGAUUGGAUCUUCAUUUGCAAAUGGGGAAACAGGGGCAAGCUGUUGUCUGCUCUUGCAAACUUCUUGGGAUACCUUCGCCUUCUUAGCCGAUUUCACGCGUUGACCACUCUCAGACUCGAUUAUCCGGCUCUAUCCGAUCAGACCUUGAUCGCUCUGACCAAUGCAGCGCCGAGGGUGUUGAAAACGCUGCACAUAUCGGUGAGGGAUUCGGAUUCCAGGCAUCACACGAUCACGGAUACCGCCUGGCACAAUUUGGUGCUGGUCUGUCCGGAGCUCACAGUGUCCUACACGAUAGUUAACAUAUCCCAUUACGAAGAUAUGUGCUACUUCCUGCUGCCCAGUGUGCCAUUGGCUAGGUUUCAAAUGUUCAGCGGCCACGUGUGGGAUCAGAGUAGAUCUCGCAAUUUCAGGAGCACUGUCGGACUGCUUAUUACCCAUUACACCAACACGCUCGCCGAGGUGAUGUUGCAAUUGAGAAACAAUCGCGAGAUGCUCGACGACUUGCUCGUCUCAAUGUUGAUGCGUUGCAAGCAGCUAACGAGAUUACAGUACGACGGUAUAAUAAGAAGUCUAGAUACUUUAAGGGACAUCUGUCAGCUCCGAGCUGAAAGCAAGAUUUGUUUUCGUACGAUCCACGUGAAGCCACGUAACGUUAACCCCCGGAAUCGCGCCAUUUUGAACGACAUCAAUUACCAUUACGACCACAAGAUGACGGAGCAGGGGGUAGAUUUUCGAAUCGAAGAUCCAGCCUCGGUUUUGGUGUUCUAUUAA